AUGGCGUUCCACUCCACCACUCAGAUGAAGUGCGAACUUACCUCCGAGAGCAAUUUUUUGAUGAGAGAGUCGCCCAAUCUCACACCUCUGUAUUAUUGGUUUUGGGGAAUGAUCGGGGCUCGUGUAUAUCAUGAAAAUAAACCGAAGUAUUUGGUGGGGUUAAGAGCAAGAAUUGAACAUGCGUCUGCACGAGUGACGCUCGAAGAAGUUAAACAUGCCGUGUCUCACAUCUCAUACCACCCCCAACUUGUUAUAGAAGAAAGGGGCGAUUUUUUCGACAUAUUUUGUAAUGCACAGUUCCCGAGUUCCCGUCAACCUUGUGUUCUACUUGAACCCAAAUUGCACGAAAUUAGCGAAAUAGGCUCAUUUGCAAACAAAUUUGGCCCUUCGAGAGACUCACCUGCAACCCAGCUGAAUCUAUCGCAGGCUCAGUCCCUGGGUUUCCGUCAACAGUAUGUUCUAAUUGAACCCAAAUUGUACAAAAUCAGCGAAAUGCACUCAUUUGUAAACAAAUUUGGUGUUGCGAGAGAUUCACCUUUCGUUUAUAAUGUUUUGGGGUUUUGUGCAACAGGCGUUGUCAAAUUGCUAAAUACUCACUUUCUGGCGUUUUGGAAUUCAUAUUUUAUGUUCGACUAG